AUUGCGCAUUAAAUAGGCUGUAGGAAAGCCGCAGCGCAGCUACAGCCCGGGUUACAGCGCGUUUAUCUCCGCGGGAUGUAGUUAAUAUAGUGUUUAACGCGCUGUUUAUGGAUAAAUACAGGUUAUUUUGAGUGAUAACGGCUGGCUGGAAUGGCUGAAUUUAACCCCGCUUUUCGCUGCGUUUUGAAGAGAUCUGAAGGCUAGCUGUAAGUUAGCUGUCUGUGGAUUUCCCUGCCCUUGCUCUGACAUCCAAUACUUUCCCCUGAACCGCCUUAAUUUCACCUUUCCAGCCGCUGUUGGAUUAAAAAUAAGGAAGAAAAAGCGAAGAUGAAGAGGUAAUGAAGAGGUGGCGGUAGUGAUGAGACUGUGUGGAGGUCUGCAGUUUGAGGUCUGAGGAUGAACUCAGUCUCUCCCAGUGCUGCUCAGUAUGUGGGCAGCGGGAUGUACCACGACGAGCCCGACGGGAGGAGGAUACCCUCUACUUCAGCGCAGGUUCUGGAGCCCAGGAGCCACUUCGGCCACGGGUUUCUCGCUGACGGCCACAGAGAGGGUUCAGGAGAGCCGGACGAAGUGGAUCGGCUGAAACUGCGCCUGAUGUCAGCCUGGAACAAUGUCAAAUACGGAUGGUCAGUAAAAACCAAAACUGUCUUCAGCAAGUCUUCUCCUCUGUUUCUAAUGGGCCAGUCCUACCAGCUGAAUACUGAAGCUGAAGUGGAGCGUUUCCGGCUGGCGUUCGGCUCGCGAGUCUGGCUCACCUACAGGAAGGAGUUUCCUCAGCUGGAGGGAUCCAGCCUGACGUCCGACUGCGGCUGGGGCUGCAUGCUGCGCAGCGGCCAGAUGCUUCUGGCCCAGGGCCUCAUGGUCCACUUCCUACCUUCAGACUGGCGAUGGCCGGACUGUCCUCAGCUGACGGAUGUGGAUUUUGAGGUUCUGAGGCCGCGCUCUCCGUCCCGCUCCUCCGGUAUCUCCAUCCCCUCCUUCAGCUCGUCCUGGAGCUCCACCGUAAACCAGAAGCAGCCGGCCGGUGUAUCUGCUGCUGCUGACGGACUCAGACGAGCCCCGUCGCUCCGGGAGCCACCGGUGGGCAGGGAGCCUCAGGCUGAGGAGCUUCACCGGCGGCUGGUGUCCUGGUUCGGGGAUCAGCCAGCGGCUCCGUUCGGGGUGCACCGGCUGGUGGAGCUGGGCAAGGAGUCGGGGAAGAGGGCGGGGGACUGGUACGGCCCCUCACUAGUCGCACACAUACUGAGGAAAGCGGUGGACAGAAGUUUAGAGGUACCGAAUCUUUGUGUUUACGUGGCUCAGGACUGCACAGUGUACACAGAAGAUGUGAAGAGGCUGUGUGAUCAGAGUGUGUCGGACUCCAGCAGUAGUUCAGGUUCAGGCUGGAAGUCUGUGAUUAUUCUGGUUCCGGUGCGACUCGGAGGAGAGACACUAAACCCCUCCUACAUCGAGUGUGUAAAGAACAUUCUGAGGUUGAGUUCCUGUAUUGGGAUCAUCGGAGGGAAACCCAAACACUCGCUCUUUUUCAUCGGGUUUCAAGAUGAGCAGCUUUUAUAUUUAGACCCACACUACUGUCAGCCUGUGGUGGACGUCACACACGGCAGCUUCUCACUGGAGUCGUUUCACUGUAACUCGCCCAGGAAGAUGAACUUUAACAGAAUGGAUCCCAGUUGCACCAUUGGUUUUUACGCUCGCAGUAAAAAAGACUUUGAGUCUCUGUGCUCAGCCGUCAGUGUGGCGGUGUCGUCGAAAGAGCGCUACCCCAUCUUUACGUUUGUGGAGGGCCGGGGGCAGGACUAUGGGCUGGAGGGCUACAGCGGGGGCAGCACUGAUACCCCCACCCAUAUUAUCCCCCCUGGGAAACUCAACCUGAACAAGAAGAGAGGGAGCGCCGAGGAGUUCGUCUUCCUGUGAGGAAGAAGCAGAAGAAGAAGUAGCUCUACACCACCCUCUACUGUCCAUUAUGAUUUUUUUUUUCAUUUCUUCAAACGUUUUGGACUACUAUACUAUACUAUACUAUAAUAUACUAUACUAUACUAUACUAUAAUAUACUAUACUAUACUAUACUAUACUAUAAUAUACUAUACUAUACUAUACUAUAAUAUACUAUACUAUACUAUAAUAUACUAUAAUAUACUGUACUAUACCUCUUAAAGGAAUAUUCCAGCCUUUUUAAACCUCAAUUAUCUCAAGUCUAAUCUCAAUUUAAAACACACUUAUUCACUAACUGUGAAAUGCACUAUACUAUAAAAGUAUCCAGGAAAUACUUUCCACUAUAUUUUGUAGAAUUUGCUGUAAAAAUAAAAAUAGAUUAAAUAUAAUAUCACAAUAUUUUAUGGUAUUUUCUCGAUAACGAUACUCUUGACGAUAUGACAAAACACUAAUUUCUGAAAAAAAUGAUUUAAAGAAUACACUACUGCAAAAAAAUAAAAAUGUUAUUUUAUUAUUGCAUACGAUACAAUAUGAUAUGAUAUAGCACACCCUAACUGAGAUAUAAAAAAAAAUGCAAGAAUUUUAUCAGAUUUGUAACAGAAGUCAAUGAUGCAGAAUGUCAUGAUACUAAUAAUAAUGCUCUUCUCCAAAUAUCUCCAUAUAUCCAGGAUUAAAGUAACAUAAAUGAUACUGAACAGAUAUAAUCUGUCUCUAGUAGAUAUAUAAUAGGAAAUAAUGAGAACAGUGUAAAUUUUCUUUUGCUAAAAACAGUUAAAAAAAAAAAAAAAGUAGUACCCUGAUAUGGAGUUGGGGGAUGUUGAAGGAUUGAUAUAAUUAUCCCCCCUCAUCCCAACUAACCUCUGGAUGGAUGGAGCUCCAUCAUUCCAGAGAACACAGUUUCACUGCUGGGGGGGUUUAAAACAAUUGCUUUUCUAUAGAUUUAUCUGCUCCAGAGAGUCUUAUUCUAUUGGCAUUUCUUAUCUAGACCUCCUAUAUCAGUUGUUUUCAAAUUAAAAGCCCUUUGCCGAGUUUAAUAAUUGAAAAUAUUAAAUGAAAUGUCGUGAAAUUGCAAAGAUGAAAAUGAUUGCAAGAUAAUAGCACUAAAAUGCAAUUUAAUAAUUAAUUUUUUGCUCAAUAUGCUAAAUUAAAAAGCAAAUUGUUACUAAAAAGCAUUUAUAUGAUAAUGGAUGCACUGUAAAAAAAAAAACCAACAAAAAAAAAACACUGAAGCAAAAUUUCUAUUUUAAUUCUCAAACAAUGAAAGGUAGAAGUAUAAAUGUAGGGAGUAGCAAUUGAUUGAGUUGUUGAAUGCAUUUAUUAAACCCUAUACACUAAACCCUUCUAUAAAUAUUCACAAAUAUUUGGACAUACAGUGUAUAUGAAUGUAAAAUAUCAUGGGUAAUCUUCAUCUAUUACAGUAAAACACAGAGAUUAGGCUGAAAGUGCUGGAAUAUUCCUUUAAACUACAGUAUACUACUGAAAUUCAUUACACUGUCACUGUGGACACAGUUUGGGCACUAAAGGACCGGGCGAGAGCACAGUGACUGCUGUGUGUGUGUGUGUGUGUGUGUGUGUUGGGAUAAAGCUGAGUGUGUGUGUGGUGUAGAUACUUGUCAGAAUGUGUCCAGUGUAAUUAAGUAGGCCUCUUUUCAUUUUUUAGCCACACCUCCCUUUUCUUUCUCUCUCUCCCUCACACUCUCUCACACUCUCACAACUGUCGUUUUUGGACUCUUGCAACAGUAUCUCAGACUCUCUUAGACUCUUGCAAAUAUGUCUUGGACUUUUUUGAUCUCUCUCUCUCGAAUAUUUCUCUCUCUCUUGUGACCUUGACUCUCGUGAGAGUCUCUCUCUGGCUCUUGCGACAGUCUUUCUCGCACUCUUUCUCUCUGACUCUUGCGAUGGUCUCUGUCUGACUCUUGUGAUGGUCUCUUGCUCUUUUGUGACAGUCUCUCCCUCUGUCUCUUGCAUCAGCCUCUCUUGAACUCUUGCGACAGUCUCUCUCUAACUUGUGAGACGGUCUCUCUCUCAGACUCUUGCGGCGGUCUCUCUCUCAGACUCUUGCGGUGGUCUCUCUCUCAGACUCUUGCGGCGGUCUCUCUCUCAGACUCUUGCGGCGGUCUCUCUCUCAGACUCUUGUGGCGGUCUCUCUCUCAGACUCUUGCAGCGGUCUCUCUCUCAGACUCUUGCGGCGGUCUCUCUCUCAGACUCUUGCGACGGUCUCUCUCUUUCUCUUGCAACGGUCUCUCUCUGACUCUACUGGUAGUGUCUCUCUGACUCUUAAGAAACUCGCUCUAUGACCCUUGGAUCAGACUCUAUCACUUGCGAUCUCUGAGACUUUCGCUGUCUCUUUCUGACUCUUGCGACAGAUGCUCUCGCACUCUUGCGACAGUCGUUCUCGCGUUAGUCAUUCUCGCACUCUUGCAACAGCCUCUCUUUCAUUCUUACGACGGUCUCUCUCGUACUGUUUUUCAGCUUCUCUUACACUCUCUCUCAUCUUUCUUGUGUACUAUUACCAACUCUCUCUCUCUGUGCAGUACUGCUGUUUGUGUGAUGGAUGUUCUAAAGGACAACGGGUAUAAUUGUUGUGUGUGAUGAUGGUGAGAGUGUGGUGCUGUGUGUGUGUGUGUGUGUGUGUGUUCAGUGUGUGUAUGAUGUGGAUCACAGCUGAAUGAGAGAGCCAGUCUGAAUAAUAAAUCUCACUCUCUUAUUUUAUAAAUCCACAUUAUUAAACCUACAGUCUGCUCCAGAACAUCUCAUAAUUCCUCGUCAUAAAAUCCUUCUUGGGUUGUUGUUCUAUUUCUGACUUUAACAUGAUCUAUUUUAAGCAUUGUUGUUUUGUUUUUCUACAAUUUGCAUAUUCUCAUCGUGGGCUGAUGAGCAGCGCAGUGGAUGAAGCACAGAUGUUAUUUGUCUACAGUGAAUAUUCAGAAAUGUUUGAUGUUGUUUUGUUGUUAAAUUUGGAAAUGCUGCAGAGGAGUUGAUGUUACUGUUGUUCUAUUUAUGAGUUUAGAUUUUUUUUUUAUUAUUUUGGCUCAGAAUACAUCUACUGAUGUUGAA